AUCUCUGUUUGUCUUGUCUUCACAUUGUUUUUUUAAUAACUUCAUCUCUGCCUUCUUCAUUCCUCCAAAAUUCCUCUAAUCCAUUUCUCUUCCUUGGCUAAUCCAUCAUGACUGUCAAGAAAGUUGAGAUCAAGGUAGAUAUAAACUGCGGAAAAUGCAACAGCGCAAUCAUGGAAGCAGUCACAGAGAUAGAAGGUGUGAAUCAUAUUUCAUUAGAUGAAGGGAAUAGUAUACUUACGGUGGUGGGGACAAUGGAUCCGGUCUGCGUUGCAACAAGACUGAAGAAGAUUAAACAGAAACCUGUAAUCAUUAGCGUUGGACCACCACCAAAACCUCCUGAGCCACCAAAGCCUCCAGAGCCUGAAAAACCAAAGCCUCCACCAACACCUGAACCACCAAAGCACGUAUGCAAGCCACCUUACUGCAACAGUUGUGAUGUUGUGUCAGUUACUACAUAUGAAAGUGGAAGCGGCUGCACCAUUCUUUGAGUCCUGUAUCUUGUACCAUAGCCUUCAUGUUAAGU